AUGAAUAAUGAUCAAUCAUAAGAAAAUAUUGACUAAUAUCUUCAUUCUUUUGGAACAUAGUAAUCUAUACCAAAUAUACUGUAAUAAGCUAUUACUUAGGAUUAACUUUUAGCUUAAAAUGUUAGACUAUUAUAACAAUUACAUGAACAAUAAUCUUUUUUGAAUUUACAAAGUUUAAUGUUACUAAACCCUAUAGUUUAAACUUAAAUGAACUAAGAUAGUAAAAAGAUAAAAAAAUCAAAUAAAACCAUUUAAGUAAUACCACCAGUUAAUACUAAAGAAGAUGGAUAAAAUCUAUUGGAUAUAAAAGGAAAUGUGAAAAAUGCAUAUAUAAAGAAAAUAGUUUCAUUGUUAAGUGUAGAAGGGGAUAAAUUAUUAGAUGAUGAUUUUCAGGAGGAUUUAGAGAUUGAAAGUUGUUCAGAUAAUCAGAAACAAGAUAAGUUGAAUGGAUUAUUAAAUUGUAACAAUGACUAAACUUAGAUGAAAUAAAAGGGUAAGUAAAGUGCAAAGAUGUCAAGACUUAGAAAAAAGUUUUAUAUAAAAUUGUUGGAGAAAAAAGUAUAAUAUAGUAAAAGUAACCAAUAGGUUUCAGAUUUAGAUUAAUAAAUAUCAGAAUACAAAAAAACUACUCGUUAAUCCUUUGAAUAUUUAACUUAAAUUUUAUAAUCACAUCCAAUUUUAAAUAGUAUGAUAAUUGGAAAUUCUGCAGCAAUAGAUUAGGUUAUGGAAUGUUACAGUUCUGAUUCAGCUUAAUUGAUAUUGGAUUCAUAUAUUGUAAAAAUAUUCAAAUUAAUAUAAGAUGAGAUAUGGUAUUUGUGGGAUUAAAAGAAGAGAUUAUUUUAAAUAUGCAGUAAAAAAUAUUUAAAAGAAUUUCUUAAAAGGGAAUUAUGGUCUUUUAUUAAUGAGUUGGAAUAAAGAGAUACAGAAUUGUAUUUGAGAAUCAAUUAUUUAUAGAUGAUUAAGAGUUUAAUAAUUAUGUGGAGAUAGUAAAGAAAGAGGCUAAAUUAGAAGAUGAUAAUCAAGUGUAUAAAAUAUUGGCAACAGUAGAUAGAAUGUUGAAUCAUCGAAAAAUAUCAUAAUAGUAAAUUUAUUAAUAAUUAUUUUAAAGAUUAUUAUUAAGAUUCAAUUAAAAUAUCAAAAAUCUUAAAAAUCUUUAAUAAGAGGUAGAAGAAACAUUAAAUUAAUUUACUGAAUGCUUAAGCCCUAUUUAGCAUUUAGAUUUCAUUAAAUAAAUUGAGAAACUAGGUUUUUUAAAUAGGUUUAUAAAAUGA